AUGCCCGGGCAGUGGAACCUCGACCGAGUCGACGGACCUCGACUGGACGGAUACUUCUCCCCGCCCGAGUGCCUUUGCGGUAAAGGGGUCCACGUCUACGUCCUCGACACCGGCGUGAGGCUCUCGCACGAGGACUUCGCGCCUUCCACGGUUCGGACCGAAUCGGGCUGGAACUUUGUCGGCGACUGCACAGCUGGCGGCGGAACCGUCGAAGAUAAAUCGGGCCACGGGACCCACGUCGCCGCGACCGCCGUGGGCGCGACGAGCGGCGUGGCCAAGUGCGCCGUCCUCGUCCCGGUGCGAAUCCUCGACGAGAACGGGAAGGGCGACGGCGGCGCGAUGCUCAGCGCGCUGGACUGGGUCGCGGAUCACGACAUCAACGGCGCUCGGAAGAUCGUCUCGAUGUCCGUGGGGGGACCGAGGAGCGCGGUGAUCGACGCGGCGGUGCGGGAGUUGGUGCACGCGGGCGUCGUCGUCGUGGCCGCCGCGGGAAACUCGGGGGAGGACGCGAGCGGGACGUCACCCGCCGGGGAGGCGGCGGCGAUAACCGUGGGGAGCACCGGGUGCGAAGACUUCGGGGAUUCCUUCGGUCCGUCGUCUACCAUGUCGUCUACCAUGUCUACCGCGUCGUGCGGGGGCCCGGACGCGAUGAGCGACUUCUCGAACCGGGGAGCCGCGGUGGACGUGUACGCACCCGGCGCGGGGGUACGGAGCGCGUGGAUGACGGGCGACCGGGACUUCAGGCGAAGCUCGGGGACGUCCAUGGCGACCCCCCUCGUGGCUGGCUGCGUCGCGCUCUACCUGGAAAAGUAUCCCGACGCGACGCCCGAGGACGUGGCGAGGGCGAUCAAGUCGAGCGCGACGAGGAUGCGGGGCGGCGGCGGCGGCGCGGAAGACGCCGGGGUGCUCAAUCCCGUAGGGAUGCUCUCGACUCCCCCCGCGGCGACACUCAGGAGGUGA